UGGAGCUAACGUGAUGGGGGGGGGGGGGGGGUCCUUGGCCCUUAUUAUGCUCACCUGUGCAUGCCCGGGAAGGAUGGGCAUGAAGAGCGAUCCCGGCUGUCCUGAAUCACAAGUGUUUUAACCUGCCCCAAUCUGGACAGGCUGCCCUCCAGUCCUGGGAUACAGCAGUCAUCCUGAAUCUGCCUUCAGCCUAAUCUUGGGGUUGUCUUCAAUGCUUCCUCACAUUGGCUGUCCCUAGGUUGUAUCUCAUGGAGACUCCUGUUUGACUGCUUUCUUUUAGUGGAGCCUGUCUUCCAGUCGGUUUUGGGAAAUAUUUCAUUUUGCUUUGGAAGACACUGUAGAGCAAACAGUUAUUUAAAUGUACACAUUUGGCAGUACAAUUCUAUUUUUGUUUUUAAAACUUCAUACAUAUUCAUAGACUAAAGACUGGGAGGUUAUAUGGCAAAUGUUAACAGGUUCUCAGGAAAGAAGGGUAAUGAAAAGUAAUUCUUUUUCAAUAAAGGGGAUAUGGGUGAUCUUAAUACAUUUUUUUCUGCUUAUUUCUAUUGUCCAAAUUUUCUGCAGUCAACAUAAGAAUCUUAUAAUAGUGACCAGUAAGAAUGAUCGAUAUCAUUUUCCUCAAGAAAUGUCUACUGUUGAGGUUAAAAUCGAUAUUUCACCUAUUUUAAAUGGCAUGUUGCUAUUUCCCAAUGUUAUUUUUCUUUGGAGUGAGAAAUUUGUUUUUUGUUGAUAAUUUGAUUUAUUUCUUUUUACAAUUUCUUUAACUAGGUAAUGUUUUCAUGGCACAAAACUUAAAAUGAUAAACAUUUCUGCUUCUUUUUCUGUUGAUUUUUUUUAUAACACUUUGUUGCGUGGCUGCAGUACCUUACCUCUUUGAUGGUAUAGCUUGAUGAUAGUUGUUUAAGUUUUUUUCUCCAUGCCUCCCCUCCAUUUUCUUAGCAACCCAUCCCCCCCCCCACCCCCCGCAAACCCAACACCUCCCAUCUAUUUUGGUCUCUAUAGUCCCUGUUAGAUCCUUUCCCCAAGUGUCUGGUAGUCCAGUCUGCUGACAUUUAGUGGUGGAAGACCAAAAAUCUAAUAGCUCUGUGCUUGUGAGAGGGAGGACAGGCUUAUCAGCCGGAGCCUCAUGUAAAGGAACCUGGGGAGGCAUUUGUUGGGGACAGCCCUCCCCUAGUUCUUGUUCCACUGGGCUGCCUGCCCACCCUCCCAUGCUGGAGGUUUCCUGUGCUGGAAGAUGCCAAGCCUUUGAGGAUGCAGAGUAUACCUUGGGCGGUUCUCUGCUUUGCCCACUGCCGGGCUCCUGUGACAUUUGAUGACAUCACUGUGUACUUACUCCAGGAGGAAUGGGUGCUGCUGAGCCAGCAACAAAAGGAGCUCUGUGGUUCUGACAAGCCGGUGGCAACACUGGGACCAACUGUUGCCAAUCCUGAGCUGUUCUGUAAGUUCGGACGAGGGCCAGAGCCAUGGCUAGGCAGCGUCCAGGGCCAGAGGAGCCUUCUGGAGCAUCACCCAGGAAAAAAACAGAUGGGCUACAUGGAAGAAAUGGACGUGCAAGGUCCCACCAGGGAGAGUGGACAGUCCCUCCUGCCUCAGAAGAAAUCCUACCUUUCCCACCUCAGUACAGGCAGUGGACACAUUGAGGGAGACUGGGCAGGAAGAAGCAGGAAACUUCUGAAGCCCCGGUCCAUCCAGAAGUCAUGGUUUGUGCAGUUUCCGUGGCUGAUCAUGAAUGAGGAGCAGACGGCUCUGUUCUGCUCUGCUUGCCGAGAAUACCCCUCCAUCAGGGACAAACGGUCAAGACUAAUAGAAGGUUAUACGGGACCAUUCAAGGUGGAGACUCUCAAAUACCACGCCAAGAGCAAGGCCCACAUGUUCUGUGUCAAUGCCUUGGCAGCAAGGGACCCCAUCUGGGCAGCCCGGUUCCGGAGCGUCAGAGACCCACCUGGAGAUAUCCUGGCCAGCCCGGAGCCACUCUUCACUGCAGAUUACCCCAUAUUCUAUCCCCCAGGGCCUCUGGGAGGCUUUGAUAGCAUGGCUGAACUCCUGCCAAGCUCAAGAGCUGAACUAGAGGACCCUGGGGGGAAUGGAGCAAUUCCCGCAAUGUAUCUAGACUGCAUUUCAGAUUUGAGGCAAAAAGAAAUCACUGAUGGCAUCCACAACUCCUCAGACAUUGAUAUUUUAUAUAAUGAUGCAGUAGAAUCCUGCAUUCAGGAUCCUUCUGCAGAGGGGCUGUCGGAGGAGGUUCCUGUGGUGUUUGAGGAGCUGCCGGUGGUGUUCGAGGAUGUGGCAGUGUAUUUCACCCGGGAGGAGUGGGGCAUGCUAGACAAGCGGCAGAAGGAGCUGUACAGAGACGUGAUGCGGAUGAACUACGAGCUGUUGGCAUCCUUGGGACCUGCUGCUGCCAAGCCAGACUUGAUCUCCAAACUGGAGCGGAGGGCUGCACCCUGGAUCAAGGACCCAAAUGGGCCAAAGUGGGGGAAAGGUCGUCCUCCAGGGUACAAGAAGAUGGUGGCAGUGAGAGAGGCGGACACACAGGCCUUGGCUGCAGACUCCGCGUUGCUUCCAGCCUCUCCCAUGGUGGCCCGUGCCUCUUGCUGCAGUUCGAGCAUUUGUGAAGAAGGAGAUGGACCUAGGAGAAUCAAGAGGACAUACAGGCCCCGUUCCAUUCAGAGGUCAUGGUUUGGGCAGUUCCCAUGGUUAGUAAUUGACCCCAAAGAGACUAAACUCUUCUGCUCAGCCUGCAAAGAAAGACCUAAUCUCCACGACAAAUCAUCUCGGUUAGUCAGAGGUUACACGGGGCCUUUUAAAGUGGAGACUUUAAAAUACCACGAAGUCAGCAAAGCGCACAGGCUCUGUGUCAACACGGUUGAAAUCAAGGAAGACACCCCUCACACUGCCCUCGUUCCAGAGAUCUCCAGCGACCUCAUGGCCAACAUGGAGCACUUUUUCAAUGCCGCCUACUCCAUUGCAUACCACUCAAGGCCUCUGAAUGACUUUGAGAAGAUCCUGCAGCUCCUCCAAAGCACUGGGACCGUGAUAUUAGGCAAGUACCGCAAUCGCACGGCGUGCACUCAGUUCAUCAAGUACAUCUCGGAGACCCUGAAGAGGGAGAUCCUGGAGGACGUGCGGAACUCGCCCUGCGUGAGUGUGCUGCUCGACAGCUCCACCGACGCCUCCGAGCAGGCCUGCGUGGGGAUUUACAUCCGCUACUUUAAGCAGAUGGAGGUGAAAGAGUCCUACAUCACUCUGGCCCCUCUCUACAGCGAGACAGCUGAUGGGUACUUCGAGACCAUCGUUUCUGCCCUGGAUGAGCUGGACAUCCCCUUCCGGAAGCCUGGCUGGGUGGUGGGGCUGGGGACGGAUGGCUCAGCCAUGUUGCGCUGCAGAGGAGGCCUUGUGGAAAAGUUCCAGGAGGUCAUCCCACGGCUGCUGCCUGUCCACUGCGUGGCCCACCGGCUGCACCUGGCUGUGGUGGACGCCUGCGGGAGCAUCGAUCUGGUGAAGAAGUGUGACCGGCACAUCCGCACCGUCUUCAAGUUUUAUCAGUCCUCAAACAAGAGGCUGAACGAGCUGCAGGAAGGUGCAGCGCCUCUGGAGCAGGAGAUCAUCCGCCUGAAGGACCUGAAUGCGGUCCGCUGGGUGGCCAGCAGGAGGCGCACGCUGCACGCGCUGCUCGCGAGCUGGCCUGCCCUGGCCAGGCACCUCCAGAGCGUGGCAGAGGCUGGGGGCCAGAUUGGGCACCGGGCCAAGGGGAUGCUGAAGCUCAUGCGCGGCUUCCACUUUGUCAAGUUCUGCCACUUCCUGUUGGACUUCCUGAGCAUCUACAGGCCUCUGUCCGAGGUGUGCCAGAAGGAGAUCGUGCUGAUUACAGAGGUGAACGCCACGCUGAGCCGGGCCUACGUGGCACUGGAGAGCCUCCGUCACCAGGCGGGGCCCAAAGAGGAAGAAUUCAACACCAGCUUCAAGGAUGGGCGGCUCCAUGGCAUCUGCUUGGACAAACUGGAGGUAGCGGAACAGCGGUUCCAGGCGGAUCGGGAGAGGACGGUCCUGACGGGGAUUGAGUACCUCCAGCAGAGGUUUGACGCAGACCGACCCCCACAGCUCAAGAACAUGGAGGUGUUUGACACCAGGGCCUGGCCGAGUGGGAUCGAACUUGCCAGUUUUGGGAAUGAUGACAUUCUCACCCUGGCCAGGUAUUUCGAGUGCUCCCUCCCAACAGGAUACAGUGAGGAAGCUCUGCUGGAGGAGUGGCUGGGCCUGAAAGCCAUUGCCCAGCACCUCCCGUUCUCCAUGCUCUGCAAAAACGCCCUGGCCCAGCACUGCCGCUUCCCGCUGCUGAGCAAGCUCAUGGCCGUGGUGGUCUGUGUGCCCAUCUCCACCUCCUGCUGUGAGCGGGGGUUCAAGGCCAUGAACCGGAUCAGGACCGAUGAGAGGACCAAGCUCUCCAACGAGGUGCUCAACAUGCUCAUGAUGACAGCUGUGAACGGCGUGGCCGUCACAGAGUACGACCCCCAGCCCGCCAUCCAGCACUGGUACCUGACCUCCUCAGGCCGGCGUUUCAGCCAUGUGUACGCCUGUGCCCAGGUGCCAGCCCGCUCCCCUGCAAGCGCCAGGCUCAGGAAGGAGGAGACGGGAGCUCUCUAUGUGGAGGAGUCCGGAACCCAGAAGCCACCCAUCCUGCCCUCCAGGGAAGCAGUGGAGGUUCUGAAGGACUGCGUCAUGGAGCCUCCCGAGAGACUCCUGUACCCCCACACCAGCCAGGAGGCCCCCGGGAUGUCCUGAGGUACAGGGAGUCCUUGCGACGGCCUUGGAGAUGCCUCUGUGAUCACUGGGACAGGCUCUGCAGAUUCUAGGCUGCCCUAGGAUCUUCCGCUGGUGGCGAUGGUCUGUAAGCAGCAGGAAGUGGGCAGUGGCGUCCUGGAGCAGCAGGGGUAUUAGGAGGUGCAUGACCUGUUUCCUGAGGCCCCACUCAGCACAGCCAUGCCUCAUAGCACACAAAUGUGCCAGAAGGUUCUAUAUCUCAAGUUCAUUUUUAAGGUGCUCCAGAAAAUAACCCCAUCAUGAAAUGUUUCAGCCCCUGAGUUCUGGUGGCAAGAGGACUGUCCUGGUGGGGGAGACUGUUGGACAUCCCUGGGGAAUGUUCCAGGGAGGCUGCCCACAGCCUAAGUGGGAAUGGGAAAGGCCACUUUGUUAGAGGUGGAGGUUGCCCCUGCUCUAGGGACAGCUGGCCUGGCUGCAAGAGCCCCCAGAGGCAUUGUUCUGGGACUUCCUACCCUGGCUCCCGCAGCAGAAGCAGUGAGGCCUCGGUCUCAUGCGGAACUCUACCUCUUCCCAGGGCUUCCUCUAGGGCAAAACAAUCACAAGCCCUUUGCACAGAGCACCCAAGAAAGUUCUCUUCCUGCAGCUCCAGAUGGUGGAGCUAGGGCUCUUCUGGCAGGCGGUCUGGUGCUUCCCACAGAGCUGAGCUGCGUUUGACCCGCAGCAUGCCUGGCCCGGUUUCCCCAGGAGACGAUGGGACCAAGUUGGAGUUGGGAGGCUUGGGAUGUAGCCCCAGCUCUGCUGCAGGCAGUGGUCUGAUUAAUCCCUUCCUCUUUUCUGUGCCCCAGUUUCCCUCUCCAUGAAGUGGCAGCAGAAAAUCCAAGUGCCUGCUGACUCCCCAUCUGCCCUAGGAUUAGUGAAUGAGAGCCUCGAGCUCCCUGAAAGACCUCUGGCUGCAGUGUGGACUUAGCUGCCUUCUGCCCCAUUCUCGUCCUUAGUGGGACAGGUAGGAAUUUGUCUCCAAGGUCCUUGUUGUAGGAGUUGCUCUCCGAAUGCACCAUCUGCACGACAGGCUAGUCCACUCUUCUCCGAGUUGCCCUGGGGACUCUGCACCAGGAUCUCCAGGGCCCACUGAGACAUCUCUGGAUGGGCGCUCAGUGACAAGGACUUUGAACAAGCUCCUCCAGGGACUGUGGGCCUGCUCCAGCUUCAGAACCACAGAACCACCACACUAGAGGCACAGAGGGGCUGCCGGCACUGCUAGGUUCACACCCUCCUCACCCAUCUUCCUUGCACCUAAGUUCUAGUCAGGAAUUCCUUUCUUGCUUUCUGCCUUUGACCUGUGGAAAUGUCUCCCAGCCCUGUGGGUCUGGAGGUCAGAGGGACCCCACAGGCCUGUGGUACGGGAGCUCUGGGAGGUGUUACUAUCCGCGUGGCUAAGACGCGCACAGGCCUCCUUCUCCCCAUCACCGUCUCCAUGGACGUUCAGGAACUUGCCCAGGUCAGGCACUGUGAGGCGAUGUGAACUGGUGGAAGGGGAGGGAGAAAGGCUUUUUUAGGUGGGGCUGUAGCCUCUGCCCUACCCACAGGGAUUCCACAUCAGGAUGCCAUUCCAGCGCCCACGCUUCCCGCGGCCUCUUCAUCCUUGAAGAAUCCCUCAGAGCAGGAGGCCAUCCUGUGAGCAGCCGUGAGUGGGUCUCUGUGGGAGCAGUUCUGGAGCUGAGGUGGAAGCCAGGGGAAGCAUCUCGCCCUCUCCACGUCAGCAUCAGCGUGCUCCGAGGACACCAUCCAAUGCCUUCCUUAGGUGGUGGGAAAGGGGGUCCCCUUGCAGCAGGGCCACUGAGAAUGCUGUUUGUCAUAGAAUUUGCACUGCCCGAUUUCUCGAGGGGCGCAGGCCUGCUCCGUUCCCCUUCGUCAGCCAGUGGCCAAGAAGGAAGAAGAUGACUGCCGUCUCAUUCCUGAACUUCCUCAUUCAGGACCCCCGUGGAAACACAGUGAGCAUCCUUCUCAGAGGCCCCUGGCCCAGGCUGGCCCCUUUGCUUUGUUUGGAGAGGCUGGCUGGGUUUCGGCCCCUACUGCCUGGAGACCCCUUGUUGGAGAGGCUUCCUGUUUAUGCCUCACAAGAAGAAAAACCACAGGACUCUGGGAGUGGAAGAAGCAUGCACUCCUGCUUUGGCUGGAGUCCUAGCGCUUGUCGCCACCCUCCUCCUUGCCUGUAUUCUUGACAGCAUCCGUAUGUACGUGUCCUGGCAUUUCCCCUCCCUCUCCCUGAUGACUGAUGCCCACCGCGUCUGACAUUCCAAGUAACCAGUAUGUAACUGGUAGUUUGAUCCCAAUAGCCAUAGUGACUCCAGGUGGGAGUGAGGGAGCCCAGCCCCCUGUCCUGGAAGAUACCUUAGAGUAUGUGACCGCGCUCCAGACCCUUGCUUCUCUCUCCUGCAGUGGGUGAGUUUCUAGGGUGCUAAGUACCUAUCAGAACAGCGUGGAGGGGCAGGUCCCUCAUACAGGUGUCUGCUUAGCCAGGUACACUAACUGUGACUGGCCCAGGGAUGUUCUCUCCUCCAUUUUCAAAGACGAAAGGAGGUUUUAAAAACCGUGUUUGAUUCCUAACCUUUUGCUACCUGAAUAAAGCAGAGUCUAUUUCAACACA